GAAUGCAUAUGUAUAUACACGUAUAUUAUAUAUUUACAUAUAUAUGUAUAUAUAUGUAAACAAAAACACGCACGCACGCACGCUGCACUUGGAACCUAGUGUAUGGAUAAAUAAACAUUCGUUUGGAUCGGGCGUUUUUUAAUUUAAAAAAUCACAAGUUUCAAUAUUGAAUUAAUUGAAAGUUAAAAAGAAGAAGAUCGAAGUACAAGAAAGAAGAAGCAUUUUUGUUCAUUCUUUUCUUUUUUUCGAAAGCUAAAACCAAGAGGUGGUGAGGAAGUACAAGAAGAAGAAUAAGAAGAACGAGACAAGAAGACGAAGACGAAGAAGCAGAAGCAGAAGCAGAAGAAGAAGAAGAGGGGAAGGAGAAAAACAAUUUCCUUUGUACCGAAGAUCCAGACUAUACUAUACACCACAUCAUACCGUUGCUUGCAGCCUAGGAUUCUUAACAAGAAGAACAACGAAUACAGCAUCUCGUGUCAUCUCGUCUCGCGUCACCUUUUGUCAUCUUCGUCAACUUCUUCGCUUUCACCGAUAUUUAUAUACAUACAUAUAUAUAUACACAAAUAUAUAUACGUAUAUAUAAAUGUGUACGCGUGCGUAUAUAAACACACACACACAUACAUAUAUAUAUAUGCAUGUAUAUUAACCGUGAGCCCUUGCGUACCCCGAAUAUACGAAAAACAAUAGCUGCCGAUGGAACGAGAUUAUAAUAUACAACACAUACCGUACAGGAUGGAUAAAAGUGUCCGAGGAUUAAAGAGCGAACUAUUGUUCGUAUGUGUGCGCGUGAGUGUGUGUAUUUAUUUAUAAAAAUUUUGUAACAUAACAAAAACAAAAGAAACAAAAAAAAAAAGAUAAGAGAAACCUAACGUACACCUAUGUGCUGCGCAGUGACGUGAGUGAAUAAUAAUAAUAAUAAGAGUAAGAAAAAGAAGAAAAGUAACGAAAGAAUAAAGACGUCAGUGCGAUGACGAUUGUGGAGGCGACGACGAACCGAACGAUGUAAAAAUGUAAUUUUUUCCUGUAACCGUGAGAGAAGUUUGUUCUUACCACUUCGUGGAUGAUGAACGAAAGACGUGGAAUACUGCACAAGUCUUUUCGCGCGGACGGAACAACGCGCGACGUGACAUCUUCGCGUGGAUGAGGAAAGAAAUUAAAAAUUAAAAAAAUUAAAAACGUGAUCGUUAACGAGGUUACGCAGUUUUGGCAGUUCGGACAUUCGCGAGUACUCUCCGCGUGUGUACGUGUGUUGUUUGUGUGUGCGCGUGUAACUUUAGUUACAAUAUAACAUUAUAUCGACGUUACACCAGCAAGUACGAGAGCCCGCCUUCACGAAUACUCGGGAUCUCCGUAAUAAUACCCCUGGACUAUUUAAACGUAGUCGCAAACGCGCAACGCCUCACCUUGCCAGGCAAUCAGAGGUAGUUUGAACGUUUUUAACCUCGUUUUUAACGCCGUCGUUCGAAUCGCCGAUAUAUUAUAACAAUAGCCAAGUUUAACAGUGUCGACUUAUCUCGACUCUGCGGAUCCGUUUUAUCAAAGCUUUCGCAGAUCGCCGCGACGACGCGGGUUUUUCCCAAAAAUUAUCCGUGAGCGGCUUUUGAUCGUCGGUCGACGGAGAAACCGGGAUUUGACGAUUAAUACAACGCAACGCGUCCACGGAGAGUGUGAGAAACGACACACGCUACUCUGCCACACAACUACCACAACUAUAACUAUGCUCUUUUACGAGGCACACGCAAGCCGCUAUCACCAUAUUCUUCAUCAUCGAACGUUGCCUCUCUGACGCAAGCUAAUCUCGUCCUCCUCUCGCUGUCACCGCGUUUAUCUCUCUCUCUUGUACUCUCCCCCGUUCUCGCCAAUCAUUCGACAACAACAGCAACAGCAACGACAAUAGUAGUGAUGAUAAUAACGACGGGGACAACGAUUUAGAGAAAAGAUAACCCGAGAAACGAUAUAUUGACAAUAUAUAUACAUAACAAAACGACGAUAACUGUGCAAGUCUGACAUUUCGAUUGUCUUUUGUUGUUUUUUUUUUAUUUAUUUAUUUUUUUAUUGAAACUUAUCGAAUAAAAAUCAAGACAACGGCAAUUCUGUUCAACGUAUACCUUGUAAUCAAGAUAAACGAAAGAAGAAUGAAAAGCUUUCGUUAAUUUUACACCGUGUUACGUGAAAGCGUUUUCUCCUUAUCUUCUACGUUCCGUUGUCACCUAGUGACUCUGUACUCUCCCUAUCUUGCCUUCCCUCUCUGUUUUCGACAACCGGAGUGCGCGUGUUUCAAACUCGAUUCGUAGAUGUAAGAGUUUCGUGCCGGUAGGCCUCGCUGUCUUUUUAUUUUCCUUAUUUUUUUUUCCCCCGCCCACCUCAAAUGUUUAACAUCCACGCGGCCAUAUGCGGUUAUAAACGCUGGAGAGUAUAAUUACAAUAAUAUUCUCAAUAUUCCCUUCGUUUUAAAACGAAUAAAAAAAAGUAAAAAAACAAGAUAAAAUACAAAAAAAAAGGGAACGCUGCAUGCGAGUGUAACGGAAACAGUGAAUAAAAAAAAUAAAUAAUCGAUAUAAACAAAGAAAAAGUAACAGCAACGGCAACAACGGCAGUAAUGUGAAGAGUGUGCCCUAAAACCUUAAUCACUUGAGGCUAAAACGGUCUAAUCGUCCAUCUUGUGCGUGCGGUUCGCUGAAAAGUUAGACGCGUUUCCGUCGUGGUGAUGCCGAUAAUAGAAAUAUACAAACAAGUAAAUGAAUAAAUAAAUAACAAAGAAAAACCAAGAGGAAGGAUAUUCAACGUAUUUACACACAGGAGAUGCCAACACAAAGGCAACGCCGAUGAGACUGCCACUGUUUUUCAGUCGCUACCAAUCUACCGUGAAUUCAUAGCAAUCAAGAUUUCGACCGCUCACUUUCAACCCUUUCUUCUUCCCCUUGGUCCUCGUCGUCGUCGUCGCAGCACACGCGAAUAUGAGCAUGACUCUUGUCAAGAAUACGUUGAAAGGGUGUAGCGAGGAUGAGGGAGGUGCCGACGGCUCGGCCGAAAAUGGAAAACGGUGUCGGCAGUGUAGCAUCCUUUGCGUGAAUCCAGCAGCCUAUCGGCUCCACCUCGCUGACGUCCACAAGACAAGCUACUCCAGCAAUAAGCAGAGCGUAAAUUCGCAAUUCACGGAAGCAUCCUGUGACAAGUGCAGCAAAACCUUUGCCAAUGUCCACCGAUUAAUCAGGCACAUGAUGAGUCAUGACGACAGCGAGCAUUUGCGAAAAUUUAAAUGCACUGCCUGUGACAAAGCGUUCAAAUUCAAACAUCACCUCAAGGAACACUUACGGAUACACAGCGGAGAGAAACCAUUUGAAUGUAACAAUUGUGGAAAAAAGUUUUCACAUUCUGGUUCUUAUUCGAGUCACAUGACGUCCAAAAAGUGUUUAAUCGGCAAUUCAAAGAAGUCUCGACAAGGCACAAUUGGUAGUGCGAACAGAGGGCCUAAGAAGUGCCAACAAUCUUCUCAGGGUAGACGAGACAUCGACAACAUGCUCGCAGCAAAUAACAAUACCUAUCUUCCGAUCCUUCCAAAACUUUCCCCAUCCGAAUAUCUAGAUAUUCAGCGAGAAGGAGGUAUUUACGACGUUCCUACGUUGUUACCUCGCAUGGUGGGCUUUAGUAGCUACUUUCUACAAUCGUCCCUUGGUAAAAUUUUGAGUCAACUCCAUUCUAAGAGGGUUGACGAAGUGACGGAGCAGUUUGAGUCCCUUAGAGAAACCAUGAGUCCGUCUACCGCAGACUCGGAAGGUACAGAGGGAACCGAAGGAAAAGAAUCACCAGCUUUAACAGAUCCUCAAGGGUUGGAUGCUGUGCGACGUAUUUUAGAAACAGUAAAUACAUCUGUAACUAAACAACUUCUAGAGGCCAGUGUAAAGAAGUUGGCUUGCUCACCCGCAAGCAUCAAAAGAGACUAUGACGAAGACUAUCAGGAUCAGGAUAGCGAAAUGUCUAGCGAGAUGACACAAUACCCAGACUGGCCAUCCACGGAUCCGUAUGAUUCGCAAAGCGAAGGACUGGCCGCAAAGUUGGAGGAUGCGAACCAGAAUCAAACUGAGUCAUCGGUAGAUGAUAGUACUAAGAAUAAAACAGUGGAAAUGGAAGUUGAUAUUUCGGAUCAAGACUCCGGAGAAGAAGACGACGUAAGCCAUACCAUGAACGUGGAAGGAGGGCGAAGAGUUAGAGCACGGUCUUUGAUAGACGACGAACAGCUAGCAGUACUUAAAGGCUACUACGCUAUAAAUCCUCGUCCUAAGAAAGAGGAAAUCACUAUGAUUGCAAAUUAUAUAAAUUUUUCAACGCGAGUCGUACAGGUUUGGUUCCAAAACUCUCGAGCAAGAGAUCGCAGGGAAUCAAAAAUGCCUGAACUCUUACCGCUGUUUAAUGCUGGUAGUCAAACAACAGCCGAGCAACCUCUAGAUUUGUCGAAGAAGGACGUACUAACAAUUACGGCUGUAAAUGACAUUACUGGUGAUAGUUCGAGUAAAUAUUCCAACAAGUCAAACUCAACAGUAACAGAAGACAUUCCUGUGACUCCAACCCCUGACGUAGACGAUGUUGACGACGCGCCACUCGUCAUAGACGAAGAAACAACUGACUCUAUCGACAUGAAAAAUCAAUCUACCACUGUGGAUAUUAUUUCCAAGAAUCAAUGUCAAACUCCAAUAAAAAACGAGAAUGACAGUGCAAUACAAGCAGAAGUUUCAGCUAGUGGGGAAACAGAACAAGAAGGUCUCUACUUCUGUGACCAAUGCGAUAAAACAUUUUCAAAGCAUAGUUCUCUGGCGAGACACAAAUAUGAACAUUCCGGUCAAAGGCCAUACAAGUGUGAGGAAUGCCCAAAAGCGUUCAAGCACAAGCAUCACCUGACUGAACACAAACGGUUGCAUAGCGGAGAGAAGCCAUUCCAGUGCAAAAAGUGCCUCAAGCGCUUCUCUCAUUCGGGUUCUUAUAGCCAACAUAUGAACCAUCGUUACUCUUACUGCAAACCGUACAGAGAGUAGAGACGUGUUAAAAAAAAAAUGUCUCUCAAUAUCCAAAGGUCUACUUUGCGCACAACCCAAGUACGUACGUACAGAUGAUCUUUUUAUUCAGGACUUAGAGUAGAUUUCGUUUUUUUAAAUAUUUUUACCACCUCGUGUUAAUGUCUUUGCAAUUACUUGUUUCUACGAGAUUGGCAAAGCAAAAAUUACAAUGGCCGAAUGCGCAGAAGCUGUUCAUUAUUAAAACAGUUGAUCGGUUAUCAAUGGAAGUCAAAACACGUAAAAAGGUUUAUGUCGUUGAAGUGAAAACAACUUUUUUCAAUUUUUUUCUUUACAACCUGCAUUACAUUUUACCUAUGAAUUUGUAUGCAUUUGACACAGAGGAUACCUUUACUAACAGUACUUCCUAAGUAUUUUUAAGAUAACACGAGCUGGUACACGCCGAAAAUUUAUCAUGUUUUGCGAUUUGCAUUUCGUUGGUAAAUGAAUUAAUCAGAUCACGAGCAAACCGUGCUGCUUGAUCAUUCCAAUUGAAUAUGUAAUUUUCGAUCAUGUUAUCAUCGGCUGGCUAUAUAUAUAUAAUAUAUAUAUAUAUAGUAGUACGUAUACAUGUAAGCAACCAAACAACACGUAACGGUACCAAAAACGCAUAAUGCAAUAAUAAUUCUAUUAUGAUAUAAUAAUAAUAUUAAUAAUAAUAACAAUAAUAACAAUAACAAUAAUAAUAAUAAUAUAAUAAUAUACAUAAUAUUUUAUUAUUUUUAUUAACAAAAUAUUAUAUAUACCGUGACAAUAAUAAUAAAAAAAAAAAAAACUAAUUAAUGUACAAAUUUGUUAGCUAUACAUUCGCCUAAGGAGUGCGAUUUACAUUGACAAAAAUAAUAAUAUUAAUAAUACAAUACAGUGCCAGGCUAUUAUACAAAUAUUUACUCUCAUACACGGAUGUUGAAUUCGCAUACGUAAUGUGCAAAAAUGUGCUUGUAUGCUGAAGCAAAGUUAAUAAUCAGGUUCAUAUUGAAAUUUCGGCUGUGUUUCGAUUCGAAAACCCGUGUUUUUCUCGUGUAACUCAUUCAAGUUUAUUGAUCAGACACCGAAAUGAAUACUUGAUCAUUCCUUCAACAGAAUUACAAGUUGCUCGCUUCAAAGUUACGAGUAUUUAUUCAAAUUUUUUUGUUAGAAUUUCAUUCAUGUAAAGUAUUAAAAUUUAUAGAAUGGUAGAAUAUCUGGAGAUUGAUGAAAAUAUUCGCGCAGAAAUUGCUUUAAACGUAUUUGAAAAAAAAAGCUUCAUAAAAUUUUGUUAAAAUAACACAUUCCGUACCAGAGAUACGCUAAACGGUAAACGGUGACCAUAGGAAAAGUUGAAAAAUAUUUUUGCACGCGUCAAUCGAAACACAAUCGUACUCUAAAUAUGAUGUAAAAACCCUAAAAUUCAAGAUUGCCUAUGGUUUAUCUAAAUAUACAUAUUUUUUUAACGCUAAUUUUGAAAUUGAAAUGAAAACAUGCAUCAAGCAAUUAAAAUAUUAAAAAGAACACGAAAUUAGUAAAUAAAAUUGGUGAUUUUUUUACUCAAUUACGAAAUUGGGUAAGGGCAAUUAAUCAAUACGAAAAUAUUGAAAUAACGAAUUCUAAGAUGUCUUGGCACAACUUUUGAUAGAGCUUAACGUAAAGAUCUUACUCUGGUUACCACAAAACAAAAAAAGAAAAAAUAAAAUAGGAUCUGAUAUUUCGCCUCCUUUAUCUAAAUUACUUCUAACUUGAUUGAAAAAAAGAAGGAAGAAAAAAAAACAAACUUAUUAUUACAUUAUAGUUGAGCUGCAGUGGCCCGGGACAUCUGUCAAAAAAUAUUGCGCGUAAAAGUAUUUUUAAUGUUGCGCUUGCCAAAAAUGAUGAUAAUAAAUUAUAAAGAAUAAUAUACAAUAAUUUCAUAUAUAAAGAAAAAGAGUUAAUUGUCAAAUUAUAAGCAACAAAUUUCUGCUUUUAUCGAAUUUUAUGGCGAGACGUUCCGAUAUUUAAUCAAUUUCUGGAUAUCAGAAAAAGUUAAAUUAAAUAUUUACCUCCGUAAGGGUCGCAAGUAUAACAGAAAAUAAGAACUGCAUGAACAUUCUUUUCCAGAAACAAAGAAAAAAAAAUUUCUAAUAUUUCUUCACUGAUAUCGGAGGCCUAAUUAUUAUUAAUCCUAAGUACGAUAUUAUAAAUGCUUCCAAUACUGUACUAUUAAAUAUUAUUACGAUAUAUUUGUAUGAUUUUGUUUCGAAGAUGUGAAUGUAAAACAGUAUAUAUUCCACAAAAGAUAAUACUCAAGAACGUAUUUUAUAACAGUUUAUUCAUCUUUUUAUUUACUCGUAAACACAAGUGAUAAGUGAUAUUGUUAUGAAUAAUAAUACCAAAUAUAAUUGCCAUAUAGCGUUUAUCCAAAUGCUAUAAAAAAAAAAAAAAAAAAAAAAAACUUGUACUUCCUUAUACAAAGGCUACGGUUAUCCGCGUUGGGCAUCGUGGUACAGAUU